CUAACAUAAAAAUUAAAAAUUAUGAUAAACAGAAAAAUAAUUAUUAUCACCAAUCAUCCCUACCGCAAUACAUAAGCAUGACUAGUUUCCUAUCCUCUCAAAUAGGUGACCUUGAACCUGAUAUAGUAAGUCUUUUAGAAGUAUCGAAAUUGGUAGAGUCAUGUGUACAUAGAAGUUCGGGAAGAACUACCCGAAUAAGACCUCAACUACUUAAAGAUAUUGAAGAUCUUACAAUUCAACAAGGAUUAAUUAUUAAAGAUUUAUUAUUUGUAUUAUUAGGUUAUGAAGGGUGUUAUAUCCGAUAUAGUGACAAAUAUAACCCAUCUAAUUCCGAUUCAAGAAUUGCUGGACCAGAUUUUAAAAUAGCUAAACAUCUUGAUAUAAGUCUUAAGAGUCUUAGUCGAAGAUUACUUAAAUAUGGUAAAUAUUAUUCUGGAUUAACUGAAUUUGUUCAAAUCUAUGAUAAACCACGUUAUGGACGAGUUGUGCAAAGAUUAUGUUAUUGUGUGACCCAAUUUUUGAAUUAUUAUCAAAAAGUUAUUCUUGAACUUGAAAAUGAAUUUAAGUAUAAUGCUAAUUUCAAUUUGAAUUUAUUAGAGACUCAUAUGAAUCAACAAGUGACAAUUAAAUUAUCUCAUUUAUACGAUAUUGUUAAUAGUAUUCAUGAUAUAUCUCAACAUAGAUUAUCACAUAUUCAUGAUAAUAAUUUUGAUGAUUUCUUAUCAAAUGUUAAACGAUCACUUCAUGAACCUGGAAUAAUUGAAACUUAUAGUAAUAGUGGUAGAUUCGAUGUAUGUAAGGGAGGACUUGUUCUUAAAGUAUUACAAGAUAGAAUUAAUGUAUAUAAAGGAGAUUUUGAUUCACUUGAUUAUUUAACAGAAUUAUUUGAUUCUAUAAGUGAAGAUUAUGUUACAAUGCUUAACAAAUGGCUUAGUGAAGGAGUAAUAGAUGAUCCGUUUGAUGAAUUUUUAAUUCGAGAAAAACCCGUUCCUGAAUCUUUAGUAGAAUUAUUUAAUGAAAAGAGUGAACAUUUCUGGAAUGAAUUAUUUAUUCUUCGAUCCGAUGGAACUAUUCAACAAUUCAAUGGAGUUGAUAUGCAAUUAAAAUUAUUGAAUACUGGAAAAUAUUUAAAUAUAUUCAAAUUAUGUACUGGUCUCAGUAAUUUUCAAUCACUUAAUGAAACUUUACCAACCAUCACUAAAAUUAAUUCAGUUGAUUUGGAAUUAAAGAUUAAUUAUUUUUAUAAUCGAGCCAAUAAACUCUUAAUGAAAUUACUCUUUGAAGGGUUUUAUUUCCAAUCAUUAGUUCAUAAUCUUCAACUGAUCUUUUUAUUUGAAAAUAGUUAUAAUAUUGAUCGAUUCAUUGAUAAAUCAUUUAAUGAAUUAAAACGUGAUCGAUAUUCCAUUUCCUUAUCGAGAAUUCAAAAGAAUUAUCUGGAAACUAAUAAUCUGAUAUGUAAAUUUGAGAUAGUUGAUGAAAAUUUAAAGACAGAAACUUCUAUUAUAGAUAUUCUACGUCAGAAUCAAAAAUUAACUGUUAGUUCAUCUAAUUUCUAUGAAGUUGCUAAAGAAAUUAUGAAUGUUCAAGCAUUUGAUGCAGAUACUGUAUUUCAAGGAGAUUCUGAUUUACAACAAAUCUUGGCUAGAAGUUUAGAGAAUCGUCGACCUGUUCAAUCAGCUGAUUCUAAUCGAGAACUGAUUGGUUAUGAUUUAAAUCAUUCUGAUUUAUAUACUAUAUCUAGUAUAGAUCUUAUGGUAACAUUACCAUUCCCAUUAAAUCUUAUAAUUAGUCGAGAAUUAGCUUAUCAUUAUGAACUCAUGUUUAAACUUCAAAUUAUUAUUAAAUUCAUUUCUAAAUAUAAUGAUUUAACUUGGAGAGAAAUUACUAGUACUACUGUAUGGCAAUUUCCUCGAUUUCAACCUCAUAUCAAUAAAUGGAUCCUAAGAAGUCGUAUGUUACAUACGCGGAUGAGAGAUCUCAUUAAUGAGAUUCACACUUACUUAAAUUAUGAUGUUAUUGGUACAGGAUUUAAGAAAUUUAGUGAUGUAUUGGCUGCUACACAGGAGUCAUUAUUAAAUAGUGAAUUAGGAUCUACUGAUGAUUCACCAUCAGUUACUGGUUCAAACGCUGGAACUGGAAUUGGUACUGGUACUGGUACUGGUACUGGAACUAAUGGUACUGGGUUCAAUUCCUUUGGUAGAUUCAAUAAUACUAAUGAUAUAUUUACCUCCAAGAUCUUUAAUAGUCAAACUCAAAAGGGUAGAACGACAUCUACAUCGGUAAAGCAAUUACAACAACAGGGCAAUUUGAUUAAUGUCAGUAAUUUAAAGAGUAAAUUAAGUGAAUAUCUCAAUGGAUUAAUUAAUGAUUCAUUAAUCACUAAACCAGAAUUAUUGAAUAGAUUAAAGAGUCUCUUUGAUCUUAUCAUUCUGUACGAUCACUUUCUUACCCGAUUGAAAACAACCAUCAUUCUUUGUAAUGAAGAACUCUUUUCACGAUACUCUCGUGAAUAUCCUGAUAAGUUUAAUGAUAAACUAAUGGAUACUGAACUGGUGAAUGGUCGAUUUAGUUAUAUGAAUAAUCAACUUAAAGAGUACUUUGAAGCAUUUGGAGAUUACUUGACUGAUUUCAUAGUGGCAUUAAGAGAAUAUGGAGAGUCAGAGAAUAAACUGAUCUUAAUCUUAACUGAAAAGUUAGAGGCAUGUUUCCCUGAGACUUAGGGAGAGUAUACAGUAGAGUAGAAUA